AUGGCAUCCUCCAAUGGUGUCAAGAGAAAGAGUGCUCCCGCCGGCAAGGGUGCUUCUGAUGGAAAGUUCUCCAAGAAGGCCAAGAUUGACUCAAAGAAGAACGCGGAGCCUGUCAAGGCCCCUGAGAGCGACAAUGAGGACGAUCUCGACAAGUCACCUUCGGACUCGGAGUCGGAUGAUGGGGGUGUCCAGCUGAACCCUCGUGACAGGGCGCAGCAGGCUCAAGCCAAGGGCAAAAAGGAAGGCGCCAAUGGUGCUGAGAAGAACAAGGUCUUCGAGAGAGGCCAAAACUCAAAAGAGUCCCAUGCCAUCCAGAAGAAGCUGGCCCUCGAGCGCAAGGCCGCGAAGCCCCUCUCCGAUGAGCUGGCACGAACCAAGAAGAUCUGGGAGCGAUUGCGGAGGAAAUCUCAUGUGCCAUCCGAGGAACGGAAGCAGUUGGUAGAUGAGCUUUUCACCAUUAUCACCGGCCGGAUCAAGGAUUUCGUCAUGAAGCACGACGCCACGCGCGCUGUCCAGACCGCUCUCAAGUAUGCCACCGCCGCGCAACGGAAACAGAUCACCCGUGAACUGCAGGGAACCUACACUCAGCUGGCUGAGAGUCGAUACGCCAAGUUUCUCAUUGCCAAGAUGGUAGUACAGGCCGACGGCGAGAUCAAGGACCUCAUCAUCCCUGAGUUCUACGGCAAGGUGCGCAAGCUGAUCAACCACCCUGAGGCAUCAUGGAUUCUCGACGACAUCUACCGACAGAUUGCGACAAAGGAGCAAAAGGCCAUUCUCCUGAGAGAAUGGUAUGGACCCGAGUUCGCUCUCCUUGAGCGCAGCAAGGACGAGAAGCCGACCUCUGACCUAGCCGAGAUCCUCGAGAAGAAUCCCAACAAGAAACAGCCCAUCCUGAAAAGUCUGCAUGACAUGAUCAACUCGCUCGUCCAGAAGAAGAUGACCGGUUUCACCAUGCUGCACGACGCCAUGCUGCAAUACUUCUUGAAUAUCAAGCCUGGCACAGAAGAUUUCAACCUCUUCAUUGAGAUGAUCAAGGACGACGAGGAGGGCGAUUUGCUGAAGAACAUGGCGUUCACCCGCUCGGGAUCCCGGCUGGUGGCAUUGCUAUUGGCCAACGGCACCUCCAAGGACCGUAGAAACCUGCUCAAGGCUUACAAGGACAACUUCGUUCUGAUGUCAGGCGACCCGUUUGCACACAUCGUUAUCCUCACCGCUUUCGACGUGAUCGAUGACACAAAGAUGUCAUCAAAGGCUAUCUUCCCUGAGCUGAUUGGCGAUGACAAAGAGAAGGCGACAGAAAACAUUGUUGUCUCUACAAUAAAUCCCUAUGCGAGGGCUACCCUUCUCUAUCUGUUGGAAGGCCAGUCUAGAGCCCUCUUCCCUGCGAACAUGAGUGAGGACUUGGCCAUCCUCAAAGAGGUCCACGCAAUCCGUCAAACAACCAGCAAGAAAGACGCCGAGGUGCGGAGAAAGGAGUUGAUUGCUGUUAUAUCACCGGCGCUUUUGGAGGCUGUUGCUUCUGCUGCGCCAACUUUGGUGGCAGACCCCUUUGGCUGCCAGUUGGUUGCGGACGUUCUCCUCUGUGCUGUGGGUGACAAGACAACUGCUCUUGAGGCCGUAGCUGCGGUUGCUGAGGGUGAUCCAAGCGCAGAGCCCAUGGAGGUGGAGGGAGUCACGACCUCUAUCCACGUCUCGCGGACACCAUUUGGAGGUCGGUUGAUCAAAACGCUCAUCGCCGGUGGCAAGUUUAAUAAGGAGACCGGCAAGGUCGAGCCCAUUGAGCCACCACUAAAGUUUGCCGACGUUCUGUACCCGGUCAUCAAGGAUUAUAUUCUGGACUGGGCAACAGGACCGAGCUCGUUCGUUGUGCUCAAUAUGCUAGAAGCAAAAGACUUUAGCCACGCAUCUGAAUUGAAGAAGAUGCUCAAGAAGCACAAGAAGGCUCUCGAAAAAGCAGCCACGGAGGAGACGGCCGAGCAGAAAGAGGCCAAGGAAGCCAAGGCCCAGAAGGAAAGCGAAAAGAGCGACAAGGGCGCGAAGAAGAGCAAGAAGGGCACUGCCAAAUCGGACAAGCCCAUGGGCAACCUUGGUAGCAAGCUUCUGCUGGAGAAGCUGUAG